AUGCGUCGUGUUGUCGUUACGGGUUUAGGUGCCGUGACACCUUUGGGUGUUGGUGUCCGGCAGACGUGGAAGCGCUUGCUGGAUGGGCAUUGUGGUAUUGUGAAUGUGAAUCAUCGGGAUGACCGCUUUGCAGAACAGCCAUGUCAAAUCGCUGCUGUUGUGCCCGAAGGUAGUCGGGAAGAUGGUGGGUGGACAGCAUCGGAGUGGUUAAGUCGGGGUGAGGAGCGCAAAAUGGCUAUGUUUGCCCAGUAUGCUAUGGCUGCGACGGAAGAGGCUCUUGAAGAUGCGGGUUGGAAGCCGACCAAAUUUGAACAGAGAGAAGCAACUGGAGUCUGUCUUGGAUCUGGAAUUGGCAACUUCGAUGAGAUCUAUAACACUGUUGUGGCUUAUGAAAAGGGCGGAUACAAAAAAGUGAAUCCACUCUUUGUGCCAAAGUUAUUGAUCAACCUCGGGGCUGGGCACAUUUCAAUGAAAUAUGGAUUCAUGGGCCCAAAUCAUGCAGCGACCACUGCUUGCACUACUGGUGCUCAUUCAAUCGGCGAUGCAGCGAGAUUCAUUGCAUGCGGUGACGCUGACUUAAUGGUUGCCGGAGGAGCCGAAUCGUGCAUCCACCCUCUUGCCAUUGGCGGCUUUGCCCGGGCUCGAAGUCUAGCCGUCGAUUUUAACGAUAAUCCCGAGAAAGCAUCACGGCCAUUUGAUGCCGAUCGAAAAGGGUUUGUCGUCGGCGAAGGUGCCGGUGUACUCAUCCUCGAGGAACUGGAACACGCCCGUGCACGAGGCGCACAUAUCUAUGCAGAGCUAAGAGGGUAUGGCUGUUCUAGUGACGCACACCAUAUAACAGCACCAAAAGAAAAUGGCGAAGGUGCAUUCAUGGCCAUGAAAAAGGCUCUCAAGCAGGCACAGUUGCCCCCCUCGGCAGUCGACUAUGUCAAUGCCCAUGCAACCUCGACGAUUGUUGGAGACGCAGCUGAGAAUGCAGCUAUCAAGUCUCUUCUUCUAGGUCCAGAGGGCAAGCAGAAAGCGGAAGAUGUGAACAUCAGCAGUACAAAAGGCGCUGUUGGUCACCUCCUCGGCGGCGCUGGCGCCAUCGAAGCGGUUUUCAGCACUCUUGCAAUCCAGGAUGUGAGUUUGUCUAAUCAGUACACCCGUUCAACUGGAUUAUAUGCUGACCUAGGGAGAAUGUUAUGCCGCCUACUAUCAAUUUAG